UGUAAUGGAUAAGCUAUCUCUUGUUCUCUUAUUUCAGAUAUGCGUGUGGCCGUAAUAGGUGCUGGAGUGAUCGGUCUCUCGACAGCGCAGAGCAUUUAUGAGCGGUACCACUCCAUUGUCACCCCACUGAUCAUUGAGGUGUAUGCAGACCGCUUCACCCCAUUGACCACCAGUGAUGGAGCGGCAGGCUUAUGGCAGCCUUACUUGAAUGACAAGGGCAAUGUUCAGGAGAGGGAAUGGUGUAAACAGACCUUUGACUACUUGGUUAGCUGUCUGCGUUCACCAGAGUGUGUAAAAAUGGGUCUCUUCCUCCAGUCCGGUUACAACAUCUGCACAAAACCAAUGCCUGAGCCAACGUUUAAAGACAUCGUCCUGGGCUUCAGACAACUCACAGAGCGAGAGCUGAAAAUGUUUCCUGGCUACAAUUAUGGGUGGUUCAACACUGCGGUCAUGCUCGAAGGUAAAACAUACCUGCCUUGGCUGAUGGACUGGUUGGCAAAACGGGGUGUGAAAUUUUAUCACAGAAAAAUUGGCUCCUUUGCAGAGCUGUCUAAAAAUGGUGCGGAUGUGAUAAUAAACUGUACUGGGGUGAGAUCCGGAGACCUCCAACCUGACCCUGAACUCAAACCAGCUCGGGGACAGAUAAUAAAGGUAGAAGCCCCAUGGCUGAAACACUGGAUUUUGACCCACACCGCAGAGAUCUACAACUCACCAUAUAUCAUUCCAGGGAGUCGUCUCGUAGCAGUCGGCGGAGUGUUCCAGUUGGGAAACUGGAAUGAAAGCAAUGAUUCUGCCACCCAUGAGCACAUUUGGGAACAGGCUUGUCAGCUCGAGCCUAGCUUAAGGCAUGCCAGGAUAGUGGAUGACUGGACCGGCCUCAGGCCAGCUCGAAGUAAAGUUAGACUGGAGAGAGAGACUAUACUGUGUGGUACCACUGCCGUUGAGGUGAUUCACAACUAUGGCCACGGAGGUUUCGGAAUUACCAUUUGCAGAGGCUGUGCAGAGGAAGCAGCCAGGCUUUUUGGUCAGAUUUGGGAAGAAAAGGGCAAGGCACCAAAAGCUCACCUGUGAAUUUGUUAUUAGCAUUCGUGACUCAGUGGUGAUCAAAUCAUAACCCGAUAAUGUCAUUAUCAUUAUAGUAAGGGGCAAUCGUUAUUCACGAUUAAAUAAGAAAAUGGGACCCAUGUUUAAAAAAAAUACAU